AUGACUUCGGUGAACUCGAUACCCCUCACGCCGCCGCCUCAGCACGAGCACGAAAGCGAGACGCCGUACAAGGGCACCCCCGUGUGGAACGUCAAGGCCACUAUCGUCAAGUAUCGUGUGGCUCUGGCCGCUGUACUGCUUGUGCUCAUCGUGGUGAUCGUGUUGGCAGCCUGCGGCGUCUUCUCGUCCUCAUCGGACGAUUCCUCCUCCUCUUCUAUAUUGAUAAGUGCCAUCCUCGCUGUAUCAUAUCAACCCGUCGAGCUCUGA